AGGGCAGACUCUGCUUAGCAAGGAGGACAAGUCAUGCUACAAGACCAGCUCUCCUUUGAGCUUCUCAGUUCGGGAGGUGGGGGGAAAGACAUCAUUGGGGGACACAUAAUAGAGAUUUAUACAACUAUCAUGGAGAUAAACUUUUCUCUAUUACAACACCCAAUGAAACAAGGUGCUGCUCAAUUCAGGAAAGAAUGAAAUGGCACAGUACGCAAGUGAAUGCUAGUAAUCGUAUGAUAUAAGGAGUACUAAUGAAAACUGAAAAAUGCUUUAAUGCAAUGUAAUGAACAUACAAAAUACCAAUUGGGUGUAAGAGAUAACAAAAUAUAGGGGAGCUGGUCUUGUGGUUGCAAGCAUGACUUGGCCCCUUUGCUAAGCUGGGUCCACCCUGGUUGCAUAUGAAUGGGAGACUUGAUGUGUGAGUGCUGUAAGAUAUUCCCCUCAGGGGAUGGAGCCGCUCUGGGAAGAGCAUCGAGGUCCCAAGUUCCCCCCUGGUGGCAUCUCCAAGAAAGAGCUGAGAGAGAUUCCUGCCUGCAACCUUGGAGAAGCCACUGCCAGUCUGUGAAGACAACCCUGAGCUAGAUAGACCAACGGUCUGACUCCGUAUACGCCAGCUUCCUGUGUUCCUAGGAAUAAACUGUCCGUGCGGAAAUUGGGAAGUUGAAUCAGUGGACCUUGUUCUUUUGCGUUGUCCAUUUAAUCAGGAUAUUUGUCAAGAACUCAUUGUUCCUAUCCAGCAUAAGUAUCCAGGUAGAUCUAAUGAUUUUAAUGCUGUUCUCCUUUCCGAUCAACAACCUGAAAUUUAUCUUAACGUUGCUAGAUUUUGUGUCGCUGCCUGCAGAAUUCAGAAGAGAUGCACUGACCAAUCAACAUAUUAAUAUGUUAAUGUGUUGAUUUCCUGGUUCUGUUGAUAAGUUCAUCAUUGUUAGAGAUUUCAGUGAACAGGUUGCUGAUAUAUUAGCUGUGCAGUGACUUUGGAUAGAAGCAUGUUGUUCUAUUGUAUUUCCAUUGUAUGUUUAUAAUUAUGUUUGGUCUGGUCAUUGAUUGUAAUAAUCAGCUACUACAAGUCUGGACUAGAAAUGCCAGUUUUCUUACUCAAAGGCUGAGGUUAUUUGUAUGGCUAUUGGCUGCUCUUUUUCAAAGGUCUGCUGCUCCUUUAAUAAAGAGUGUUCUGCUGCCUAUUAGCAAAAUGGUAUUUAAUUGAUGCUACCUGGUCUUUAUUCUUCUCCUAACUGUUGUUCUGGGGUUUGGCUGUGUUUAGAAGGUGUUGCUGAAAUUUCCGCUUGAGAUGUCUCGUUCCAGGAAAGCUCUUAACACCAAAGAUGACUGCUUGCCGUUUUCUCGCUAUUUCUCUUUCUUGGGAGCAGAGGACCCAGAGAGCUUCCUGUCACCAACAGAGCAUCCAAAAGAUGACGUCCCAUAUUUAGGAAGCUUUGUUCCAGGCGUGUCUAAUGAAGUCGGUUCUUUGAAUGCGCUCACUCAUCCUGAAAAAACCCAGAAGCUCCGGAAGAAUAUCCCAAGGAAGACACGGAGUAGCCCCAAGAAUACAUUGGUCUUGGAACUGGAAGGGACUUUGGCUGUGUCCUCCUUGACCGCUCAUUGGGAUGACGCUCUGAGGUCGGUGGCUUCUUUCCAAGGCAGGUGCUAUCAGGUUUCUAUAAAGCUGAGGCCCCACGUAGAAGAAUUCCUGGAAGUCCUUGCCCAAGCCUAUGAGGUCUUUGUCUUCACUGCUGCUAAGCAAGACUACGCUGUUAAGAUCCUGGAGGGCCUUGGACCACUGAAGAAGCUGAUCAGGCACCAGCUGUACCAGGAGGACUGUCUCUGUCUCCACGGCUCCUACGUCAAGGAUCUCUCCAUAUUAGAGAGGGACCUAGACCAAACGGUGGCAGUUGCCACCUGCCCACAGGCCUUCCCUUACCAGACCUCCAACGUGAUCCUGAUCCCUCGAUGGUUGGGUGAUCCUCAGGAUCAGGUGUUGCUACAGCUAAUCCCGGUCCUGCAUAAACUUACCCAGGCGAGUGACAUUCGUGUUGAAAUAGGAAACGUGAAUUCCCGUUCUGGAGUGACUGCUUUCCAUUAGGAACAACUGACUCGGAGACCAAGUUUGUUCGGUGUGCAAGAGCCCCAAGACGUGGUCCAGUGCAGAAAUUCUUGGCCGAUAGCCCCGGUGAAUGUUGCUUCCGCAGUAUUGUCUUGAGAUGGAUGUUGGAAACGCCACUUUUAAUCAUUGCCAUCACUUGGGAGAAGGAGCACAGCUUGCUCCAAUGGAAUGUCCUUUUCAGGCAGGGUGGGGGAGAUGAUUGCCUCGCCUCCAUCCUGAACUCCGUGCUAACCUGCAUUUUUUCUAUCCUUGGCAAGGCACUGUGGGAUGUGUGUCUGAAGGGGGGCCGUCCUCCUACCUUUAUUAGGUACCUACCAUCUUCAAACAAAAUGUGUGCAUCUUUUCAUUUUAGGCUUGUUAAAGCACGCCUUAAAAUUUCAACACCCUUUAAAAAAAGGCUUUGCUUUCCCCAAUAGGCUGAAUUGUAAAUGUGUGCGUGUGUGUGUUUCCUAACAUUUGUAAAGUAACUUUAAAACCAAUAAUCACCUGCUUUUUCUCCCA